AUGGGGAGGGCGAGAUUUCUCCUCCCCCUCCUGCUCCUCCUCGCCGUCGCCAGCCUCGCCCCCGCCCCCGCCCCCGCCGCCGCGGCGACGGCCAUGACCGCAGACGCGGGCGUCAUCUUGGACCUCGCCGAGUCGCUGACCAACCCGCCGCCGUCCUGGACCGGCACCGACGUCUGCGGCGGCGUCUCCUUCAGCGGCAUCACCUGCGACGGCGCCGGCCGCGUCACCGGCAUCAACCUCGUCAAGCUGCAUUUAUCCGGCACCCUUCCCUCGUCCCUCGCCAAUCUCACCGCGCUCCAGUCGCUGCAGCUCCAAGGCAAUGUGCUGGAGGGCGACGUGCCCUCCCUGGCCCGGAUGGGUUCCCUCGAGACCCUUGUUCUCGACGGCAACGCCUUCUCCGCCCUUCCGCCGGACUUCCUCGAGGGUCUCCCCUCGCUGCUCAAGCUCAGCAUGGACGACCUCUCUCUCGAGCCAUGGAGCAUCCCCGACGCCAUUGCGGGGUGUGCCAUGCUGCAGACCUUCUCGGCCUCCAACGCCUCUGUCUCUGGUCCCUUCCCGGCGGUUCUUGCCAACCUGACAUCGCUGCAGACGCUGCGGCUGUCGUACAAUAAUCUCACCGGGGUCCUGCCGGUGGGGUUAGAGGUGUUGGGCGCGCUGGAGACACUGCAGCUCAACAACCAGAGGUCGGCUGGCAAGCUGUCAGGGCCAAUUGAUGUUGUGGUGAAGUUGCCGAGCUUGAAGACACUGUUUCUUCAGUCCAACUCGUUCACCGGCCCGAUCCCGGAGUUUGACCCCAACUCGCAGCUGGAGACUUUCAAUGUCAGGGACAACAGUCUCACCGGACCGGUGCCACCGUCUCUUAUAGGGAUCGCAACCCUUCAGGAUGUGACGCUGUCCAAUAAUUUUCUUCAAGGGCCAAAACCAAACUUCACAGCUAAGACUAAGGAUAUUGAUUCUGGGAACGGGUUCUGUCACGAAGACCCUGGUCCAUGUGAUCCGCUGGUGACCACUCUGCUUGGGGUAGCUUUAGGGUUUGGAUACCCAUUGCAGCUUGCGAAGUGGGCAGGAAACAACCCAUGCGAUCCAUGGCUUGGUCUUUCCUGCAUCAAAAUGGAUGUAACUCAAAUCAAAUUGCCUCACCAGAACUUGUCAGGGAUUAUUUCACCGGCUUUUGCAAACCUGACUAGGCUUCAACGGUUGGAUCUGUCUAACAAUCAACUCACGGGGGUGAUACCAGAUGCUUUGACGACACUGGAAAGCCUCAAUUAUCUUGAUGUCUCAAAUAAUCGCCUUACUGGACAAGUGCCUGAGUUUAAGCAGCCUAUAAAGCUUAUGACUGCAGGCAACCGGUUUGGGGAAUCAGGUGGUGAUAGUGGAGGGGGGUCCUCAUCUUCCAAUCCAACAGGUUCACAUAACUCAAAGUCAAAUGCUGGAAUGAUCAUUGGAAUUCUUCUAGCUGUCAUUCUUCUUGUCAUUUGCAUUGGGCUUUUCCUACAUCAUCGAAGGAAAAAGAAUGUGGACAAGUUCAGUCCUGUCUCAACAAAGAGCCCUUCUGGUGAAUCUGAGAUGAUGAAGAUUCAGGUAGUUAGGACAAAUGGCCAUAGCAACAUAAGUGGUUCUGUAGGCCCAACUGAGCUUUACAGUCAUUCAAGUGCUGACAGCACAAACAUUGCUGACCUCUUCGAGUCCCAUGGGAUGCAAUUACCGAUGAGUGUGCUACUAAAGGCCACAAACAACUUUGAUGAGGACUACAUCUUAGGUAGAGGGGGCUUUGGGGUGGUUUUUAAGGGGACUCUCAAUGGCAAGCUGGUUGCUGUGAAGAGGUGUGACAGUGGCAUUAUGGGAACUAAAGGGCUGCAAGAAUUCAUGGCUGAGAUUGAUGUUCUUAGGAAGGUGAGACAUCGACACUUGGUUGCAUUGCUUGGGUACUGCACGCAUGGCAAUGAGAGGCUCUUGGUCUAUGAAUAUAUGUCGGGAGGAACACUACGCGAGCACUUGUGUGAUCUUCAGCAGAGUGGUUUUACUCCUCUUACAUGGACACAAAGGAUGACAAUAGCUUUGGAUGUUGCCCGGGGGAUAGAAUAUUUGCAUGGUUUGGCGCAGGAGACUUUCAUCCAUAGGGAUCUGAAGCCUUCCAACAUAUUGCUGGAUCAAGAUUUAAGAGCCAAGGUUUCGGACUUUGGAUUGGUCAAGCUUGCGAAAGAUACAGAUAAGUCCAUGAUGACAAGAGUAGCAGGGACAUUUGGAUAUCUUGCGCCUGAAUAUGCCAGUAUGUUCACUUCUCACUUCUAUAAAUAUUUUGUUCUCAAGUACAAUCAGCAUUUGUCUUGCAUAUAA